UUUGGAGGCUUUGUUUUGUGUGAUUAGCUCAUUGUAGAACACCCUAGGCUAGAUUCUGCAACCUGUCUGGGCAUCACCUAACAUUGGUUUCCAAGGAUAGUCCAACUGAUCUCGUGGCAGAAAACCCUGUUAAAAAUGGCAGCAAGAAGCCGCUCUGCUAAAUUCUUGAGCCUUUGAGGUCAGAUGUACAACUGCAUGCACUGACAACUGUAGCUUGAAAAAUUUAACUGAAGAAAUGGGAACCAGUAAUAAUGAUGAAUUAUCAGUGAAUGCUACGAGAGGGAACAGCAGAUUAUCAGAGGAUGUGUCACUGUUUGGCAGGGCAAUGAGUGAUCAGAACAGCGUAGCCCAACUCAGCAUGGUAUUUGAUCUCAAGACAAAGUCUGUUGGUGUGACUUCUGUCAUCUUAACCUGGAAUAACACAGCUUCAGCUUCCUACACGUACAGAAUAGAGGUUAGAAAUGGGACCUCCAUUAACAACAAAACAGCAAAUGUCACUGAAACUGAAAUUACGGGGUUAACCCCUGGGACACCGUACAAUUUCACAGUCUUUGCUGUAGCAGCAGAUGGUGAGACGGAAGGAGAAGGAGCAUCCAUAAGCCUGUAUACAAAGCCCAGUGCAGUGCUUGAUCUCAAGGCAGAAUAUGUUGGUGUGACUUCUGUCAACUUGAAGUGGACAGUGAAUGACACAGCGUCAGCCUCCUACACGUACAGAAUAGAGGUUACAAGUGACUCUUCUACUGACAACCUGACAUCAAGUGUCACUGAAAGUACUGUAACCGAGUUAAUCCCUGGGACCUUUUACAAUUUCACGGUCUUUGCAAUAGCAGCUGAUAAUCAGACAGAAGGAGAAGGAGCAUCCAUAAGCCUAUAUACAAAGCCCAGCCCAGUGCUUGAUCUUAAGGCUGAAUACAUUGGUGUGACUUCCGUCAACUUAACCUGGGCAGUGAAUGACACAGCUUUGACUGCAUACACGUACAGGAUAGAGGUUAGGAAUGGGAAUGCUUCUUCCAUUAGCAACAAAACAUCAACUAUCAACAGAACUGAAAUUACUGGGUUAAUCCCUGGAACAUCCUAUAACAUCAAAGUAUUUGCAACACCGGUAAACAGUACAACUGAAGAAGAAGGAUUGUCCUUAAACCUGUAUACAAAGCCCAGCCCAGUGCUUCAUGUAGUGGCAGAAUAUAUUGGUGUGACUUCUGUCAACUUAACCUGGAUGGUGAAUGACACAGCUUCAGCUUCCUACACGUACAGAAUAGAGGUUAAAAAUGGAGCCUCCAUUAACAACAAAACAUCAAAUACCAAUGAAACUGAAAUUACCGGGUUAACCCCUGGGACACCGUACAAUUUCACAGUCUUUGCUGUAGCAGCAGAUGGUAAGACGGAAGGAGAAGGAGCAUCUGUAAGCCUGUAUACAAAGCCCAGUGCAGUGCUUGAUCUCAAGGCAGAAUAUGUUGGUGUGACUUCUGUCAACUUGAAGUGGACAGCGAAUGACACAGCGUCAGCCUCCUAUACGUACAGAAUAGAGGUUACAAGUGACUCUUUUACUGACAACCUGACAUCAAAUGUCACGAUGGCUGAGAUUACUGAAUUAGUCCCUGGGACCUUUUACAAUUUCACGGUCUUUGCAAUAGCAGCUGAUAAUCAGACAGAAGGAGAAGGAGAAUUCAGAAGCUUCUAUACAAAGCCCAGCCCAGUGCUUCAUGUAGUGGCAGAAUACAUUGGUGUGACUUCUGUCAACUUAACCUGGAUGGUGAAUGACACAGCUUCAGCUUCCUACACGUACAGAAUAGAGGUUAAAAAUGGGGCCUCCAUUAAUAACAAAACAUCAAAUACCAAUGAAACUGAAAUCACUGGGUUAACCCCUGGGACACCAUACAAUUUCACAGUCUUUGCUGUAGCAGCAGAUGGUAAGACGGAAGGAGAAGGAGAAUCCAUAAGCCUGUAUACAAAGCCCAGCACAGUAUUUGAUCUCAAGACAAAGUAUGAUGGUGUGACUUCUGUCAUCUUAACCUGGAUGGUGAAUGACACAGCUUCAGCUUCCUACACGUACAGAAUAGAGGUUAGAAAUGAGGCCUUCAUUAACAACAAAACAUCAAAUGUCACUGAAACUGAAAUUACUGGGUUAACCCCUGGGACACCGUACAAUUUCACAGUCUUUGCUGUAGCAGCGGAUGGUGAGACGGAAGGAGAAGGAGCAUCCGUAAGCCUGUAUACAAAGCCCAGUGCAGUGCUUGAUCUCAAGGCAGAAUAUGUUGGUGAGACUUCUGUCAACUUGAAGUGGACAGCGAAUGACACAGCUUCAGCCUCCUAUACGUACAGAAUAGAGGUUACAAGUGACUCUUUUACUGACAACCUGACAUCAAGUGUCACUGAAAGUAUUGUAAUGGAGUUAAUUCCUGGGACCUUUUACAAUUUCACGGUCUUUGCAAUAGCAGCUGAUAAUCAGACAGAAGGAGAAGGAGCAUCCAUAAGACAAAAUACAAUUCCUUCCUCAGUGAAUGCAUUUCAGUGUGAAGCAGUGGCUAAUAUGUCUUACCUAAUAUUGAAAUGGGACUGUCCUUAUGGCGGCUAUUCUAGCUUUGAUAUCAAAAUAUUUAAUGAUACUUGGACAAAAAAUCAACGGAGUCAGUUCUGUGGGAGAGAAGGCUCAGAAGGAAUCUUCAAAACCGAACCUUUAGAUUAUUACAAAACCUAUACUGUUAUUGUUACAACUGUUUCAGAAAGUUUAACAAGUCUUCCAGUGCAGAAAACAUGUAAAACAAGCAUUACAGAUCCACCUGUUCCAAACAAAGCUCCUUUAGUCAAGGCACUUAGUCACAACUCAUUGUCUGUUGAAUUUCCUGAUUUUGAGUCAGUGAAUGGACCGUUGAAAGCUUAUGCAGUAAUGAUCAUAACUGAAGCAGAAGGUUGUUGGCCUUCAAAGUCUGAUUUGAACUACACGUACAAUGAUUUCAAGCAGAAGAUGACAGCCACCUAUGUGACAUAUGUCAUAGACAUAGAGGAGACAACAUCAUCUUUCCAUUCUCAGAAUGGGCACAACGUUGUUGACAUAGGCAAGGGAAACACCAUGUAUGGCUAUGAAAAUGGACCAUUGAUUCCUCUUCAUUCAUACAGGGCAAGCGUUGCAGGUUUCACUAAUAUAAACUUUACCAUGGCCAACAAAAUUAUGGGAGAACAAAGUUAUGUGUCAUUUUCACCCUGUUCCGAGGUGGUUUCUUUACCCCAGGAUCCAGGUGUUAUUGCUGGAGCUGUUAUUGGAUGCCUUUUAGCUAUAUUGGCGGUAGUAGCUAUAGGGGGUUACAUAUUCUGGAGGAGGAGAAGGAAAGACAAAAGAAAUACUGAAGUGUCUUUUUCUCCAAUUAAAAUAAAGAAAUCAAAAAUGAUUAAAGUGGAGAACUUUGAGUCCUACUUUAAGAAGCAGCAAGCAGACUCCAACUGUGGUUUUGCUGAAGAGUAUGAGGAACUCAAAUCUGCUGGUGUUCAUCAGCCCAAAUUUGCUGCUGAAAUCCCUGAGAACAGGGGGAAAAAUAGAUACAACAAUGUCUUACCAUAUGAUAUUUCUCGUGUUAAACUUUCAAAUCCAAGCUGUGCGACUGAUGAUUAUAUUAAUGCAAACUAUAUGCCUGGAUAUAGCUCAAAGAAGGCAUUUAUUGCUGCACAAGGCCCUUUGCCCAAUACUAUAGAAGACUUCUGGCGCAUGAUUUGGGAAAAGAAUAUCUACUCUGUUGUCAUGUUGACAAAAUGUGUUGAACAGGCCCGGACAAAAUGUGAGCAAUAUUGGCCGGACAAACAAUCUAAGAGUUAUGGUGACGUUAUUGUGACAAUGGUCUCAGAAGUUGUUCUUCCAGAGUGGACGAUAAGGGACUUCAAUGUAGAAAAUGCUGACACAUUGGAGAGCCACACUGUGCGUCAGUUCCAUUUCACGUCCUGGCCAGAUCAUGGAGUGCCAGAGACAACAGACCUGCUAAUCAACUUCAGACACCUUGUUCAUGAAUACAGCAGUCAGAAUCCUAUUGACUCUCCUACUCUAGUGCACUGCAGUGCUGGUGUCGGGAGGACAGGAACAUUUAUUGCCAUUGACCGCCUGAUUCAGCAGAUUGAAAUGGAGAAUACGGUGGAUGUAUAUGGAGUGGUGUACGAUCUUCGAAUGCACCGACCUCUAAUGGUACAAACUGAGGACCAGUACGUCUUCCUAAACCAGUGUGUCAUGGAUAUCAUUAGAUCACAGAAGGAGAAGAAAACAGAUCUUAUUUAUCAAAACACGACAGCAAUGGCAAUCUAUGAAAACUUCACCCCUGAACCAGCUUUUGGGAAGGCAAAUGGCUAUCACGCAUAAGCAGGACGCAGUGCAGUCUCUCCAAGAACUGUUGUCUGUGCAUGAGAAAGGGAGAUGUUCUUCUUACAUUUUCCAGGAUUGUGUGCAGUGUCUCGUCUGGUUUGUCCAGUUCUGUCCUCAUGUGAAGAAAUGAUCUUCUGGAGGAGAAAAAAGACAAUGCUGGCAGGAGCCAUGGAUUGAUAAAAAGAGAAACUAUUUAAAGUUAACAGAGGAAUUCUGAUUUUUCUUGGGAAUUUAACAGUACUGAUAGGUGAAAUAGCAUUUGCAGUACGAACAAUGAACUAGAGUUUAAGUAUUAAAAUAAUAACACAAGCUUUUUAUUACAAUUUUAUAUGAUUUCAUUUACAGACACCAGGCUUGUGGGCUGUUUUAAUAUAUUUAAUUAUAAGUUUGGGGACCAUAUUUUAUCUGCUGUAUCUGGUUACUUAGUUAAUAGAUAUGUGCCUCUGUGAUUUAUUUUUUUUCUGGAUUUUCCUUCUUAUUUAAAAAAGGAGUACAAACACCUCCUCCAAAUGGACAUUUGUACUUGGAAAUUGUGCCUUUUCUAGUUCCUACUCUAGGAAAAAACAAAAAAAAAAAA